UUCACUCCCGGAGCCGUGCGGUGACUCCCGUGAGAAUGGGUUAGGAUCAGGAAGCAAUGUGCAGCUAUGUGACUAGCCCAGCGCCCUUUGGCCGGCUCCUCCUCCCCGGUCUGGGCGGUGCAGGGGGAGGUAGCCAAGUGCAGUGUCGGCCGGUGCACCAGGGACGCGCACCCCGGUGUCCUCAUCUGUAAUCUGCGGGAGGAGAUCCGUCUGCUCGGUAAUCGUGCGCAGUAACAGGUGAAGAUGGUGACCCGAGUGUACACAGCAUCCUCCUCCUGCUCCACCACGAUGAAAAAGCAGCAGCAGGAACUAAUGCAGUACCUGGAGUCCCAUAACAUUGAAUGUGAAGUAGUAGAUAUCACUAUGUCGGAAGAGCAGAAGCAGUGGAUGUACAAAAACAUUCCUAAGGAUAAGUGGCCUGAGCACGGCAACCCUUUACCUCCACAGAUAUUUAAUGAUGAAACAUAUUGUGGGGAUUAUAAUGCCUUUUUUGAAGCCAAGGAAAGUAACACAGUGUCCUCAUUCCUACGGAUAAAGGCAACAUAAACAGCAGGAUGAAGGAUAAUGGAAAGCGUGGUUGCGUUUGACAGAAAAGAAACACGCAAUUCCUGGGCAGCUUGAUAACAUCCUGUCACACACUGUACAGUCUGGAUCCAUCAUUAUUCUACAAGUUAAUGUGGACUAAAAGGAGUUCCUAAGUUACAAAUAGCACAUUCCUAAUAGGUCCCUUUUGUUAGUAUAUCAAGUUGUGCAGAAGUCUGCAUGUGAUCCUACGGUUUCUUAUUUCUGUAAUGUCCAACUCCUUUCUUUUUUCUUCAAUACUAUAACUUCUUGCCAGAUUGCCUUUUUUCUGGAUAUCCGGUCUAAAGUAUUCUACCUAUUCACUGGAUACCUUAUAAAUUCUAGAAAUGUAAGGAUCAGAGUUUGGAAACCCUCACCGAUUGGAACAAUAGGGAACAUUUGUUUGCAAAAAUCCUCAAACCUUCAGUCUUACGCCUAAGGGGCCUAGAACAUACCUUCUUCUUGUCUUUGGAGUUUACCUAUAUAGCUUUUAUCAUUGACCGAGUAGACUGGAAUAUCCCUUCAAAGGGGUAUUCCAGGAUUUUUUUUAUUUGACUAUGCUACAGAGGCUGUAAAGUUAGUGUAGUUCAUAAUAUAGUGUCUGUACCUGUGUGUGACGGUUUUCUCACAAUUCUUAUGUGAUUUUCACCCCAAUAUUUCUUUUUAACGGCAUACAAAAUGACUGCUGUCUCAGAUUUUUCCCAGGUUGCAAUGCGGCCUAGACCUGACUCACUAGUCAGCUGAUGACAGGGAGCCUGUCUGCUUCAAUGGGUGGAGCGAUCGCUUGGUGGGAGAGAGAUCAACCUGCAACUAAUGCAACAGCUGUAGGCACCCUGAUUGAAAACCACAGGUCUUUUGAAUGGAUGCAGCUCAUUUAUGUUUCAAUGGGUGGGGUGUCUGAUGUGUAGGAGGGAGGAAAAUGGUAUUAUGAUGGGAUUUGUAGGAAGAAAAAAACAAAAAAAAACUUAAAUGGGUUAUCCACCAUAAGGUGAUUUUAGUACGUAUCUGGCAGGCAGUAAUGGACAUGCUUAGGAAGGAUCUGCGCUUGUCUUGGGGCUAAAUGGCUAAGUCAAGAGAUUACCAUAACACUGUGGCUAGCUUUUUGUGAACUUGUAUUUCCUGUUUGACUCUUCUUUUUUUGACUACAAAUCCCACAAUUCUAUUUUCCUCCUUCCCAUACAUCAGCCACCCCACCCAUUGAAACAUAAAUGAGCUGCAGACUUGUGGUUUUCAAUCAGGGUGCCUCCAGCUGUUGCAUUAGUUGCAGAUUGAUCCCUCCACCCAUUGAAGCAGACAGGCUCCCUGUCAUCAGCUGGCUAGUGAGUCAGGUCUCGGCCGCAUUGCAGCCUGGGAAAAAUCUGAGACAGCAGUCAUUUUGUAUACUGGUAAAAAUAAAUAGUGAGGUGAAAAUCACAGAAGAAUUGUGAGAAAACUGUCACACACGUACAGACACUAUAUUAUGAACUACGCUAACUUUACAGCCCCUGUAGCAUAGUCAAAUAAAAAAAUUCCCGGAAUACCCCUUUAAACACGAAAUACCAGUUCAAAAAAAGCUCGCCACUGUAUUAUGGUAAUCUCACUACAUAGCCAUUUAGCCCCAAGAAAAGCACAGAUCCUUCCUAAGCAUGUCCAUUACUGUCUGCAAGGUACGUACUAAAAUCACCUUAUGGUGGAUAACCCCUUUAAGUAUAGCUCAAGAUACCCAAGCAUCAAUGUGCGUAUGAAGUAAAUUAGCCACAAUAUUUACAAAAUAAUUGUGGCACCUAAUAAAACUUGACCACGUCUUAUCAUAGCAUUCAUUUUUUGUUAUAUUUGCUCCAAUUUAAUUUAGAUAUAUCUUGAACUUUUUUUUUAAUUGUAAAAUUUUCAUUUACCAUUUUUAUUACGUAUUUUAUAGUUACGUGGUGUUAGUAUCUGAAACUAAUACAUUAAGCUAAAACUAAUGGUAGCUAGUAUGAAGCCUUCACUAAAGCAAACACUGUAGGUUGACACCAUGUUUUUUUUUUGUAACUCCCUUGUAAAAUCUGCUGUGUAAGCAGUAGUAGAAUGACUAGGAUAUUGGGGUUAUUGACAGGUCUGUUGUACUGCAAGUGGCCUAGUUAAGUCACUACACAGCCCACUAUACACACACAUAAGGCUUUGUAUGCAUCUUCUCUGUUGCUACCUUGCCACCACCUGUAAAAGUCUAUGGCAUUUCUUUCUUUCAUAGGGUUUUUAGGAUUUUGGAAUCACAAUAUAGACUGUCCCAGGAUGUCUUUAAAAAAGAAAGCUACAAAAAAUAAAUAAAAAUUAAAAUUAGAUUGGAAAGCACAACAAAAUUUUAUCCCCUACCUCCAUAAAAAUUCUAAUUAUUCCCUUUUGCUAUUUUUAUAUAUAAUUCUAAACCAUGAAAAAAACGAACAUAUUUGGUAGCGCUGCAUGUAGAAAUCUCUGAACUAUUAACGUAAAACAUUAUCUAACCCACAUGGCGAACUCCAUUCAUAAAAGAAGAAAAAUGCACAAUGCUAAAAUUGCUUAUUUUUGGUUAUUUCAUAUUCCAGAAAACUUGGAAUAAAAAUCAGAGUUCCUUAAAAUCAACCCCAAAAUGUCACAAAUUAACUGCCUUAAACUGCUCCAUAGAUAGAUAGAUAAAUAAAAGUUAUAGGGGUUUAGAAUAUGGUGAUGCAAAACAUUUUUAUAAUACAGAACAAAAACAAAAUUAAUGUCAUUUGUACUCUAUGGUGAACUCAAAAAAGAUAAUUGCACAAGAAAAUGUAACAAAUUUGAAUGAUUCUAGUUUCACAACAUGUUAUAUGCUAAAACAAUGGAUUUUAAAAAACAAAAAAGUUUAACUAUCCUGCAAAAAAUAACCCCUCAUAUACCUGUAUUAGAAAUAUACUUAAGUGUUGUCCAGCGAAAUAAAUAACCUGUGUAUGCUGUCAAAAGUAUAAUAAAGCAACUUACGAAUAUGUUAUUAACCAUACUACAGAGCUUUUCAAUUGUUAGCUGAGCUGUCUGGCUUUUAUUGUCAUGUUCCCUCACACUAUUUAAAACACAGCUCCCGUCCCUGCUCCCUCCUCCUCUCCUGUCUGCUGAGGAGAAGACCUUGGACGUGAAGAGGGGAGCUCCUAUUACUGCUCAUUAGAUUUUAAGAUAACAGACAUAAAGCCUUUCUCAGAUAGACAGCAGUGAGCCUGUUCUGAUUGAAACUGCUGUGAGAGAGGUUUCUUGCCGCUUUAAAAUCUAAUGAGCAGUAAUAUGAGCUUCCCCCCUUCACAUCACUGAUCUUGUCCUAAGCAGACAGAAGCUGAGGGGAUCAGGCAAAGAAGCUCUGCGUGAUGUGAUGUCACAGCUACAAGGGAAAGAGUAGUUCUGAUAUGGAAAGAUCUGUGCAGUAUGGGUUGUUUCUUUCUCCGGACAACCCAUUUUAAGCCAAUAUUGCCAAUUAGAAAAACUUGAUCUGUCAUGCAGACAUGCAGUCUGGUUGUCGCUGCUAGGAACCCCACUGAUCACUUAAUAUAGCCAGGGGAAAUGCGCUUGGUUCAACCCAUUAUAGUAAAUAGGCUCUGUACACUAUAAUGGAGCUAGUCUCCUACAAUCCGAGUGAAAGCAAGCAUCAAACUGGGACGUGAAGUGCGCUACUGCAAAAUACACACGUAUUAAUAUACCCAAACAGUACAUAUGCAACUGUCUUUCCAGGUUUCCCCAAACACACAAUCAUUCUAAAACGCAUAAUACUUACACCAUGCAAUUUAACCUUACUUCAAUUUGUUGUUCCACAAAGAUUUGACCAUGUUUAUCGGGAGCAAUUAGAUUUCUUACGUGAAAAACAACUUCUCUUUACAAAUAAAUGUAAGAUUUUAUUUUUAUAUAUCUAUUUUUUUGUAAAUUGUCUUUUUCAACAUUCUGGACAUUUUAUUUAAUCUGCAAAUCUGUAUGAUCCUUAUUUAGAUCUGAAAAAGGAAACGGUACAUGAAUGUAAUUUAUUCUUAAAAAAAAAAUACCCUUUAUUCCAUCUUUCACCCUCAAAAUCUUUGUAUGUGUAUGAUAUUCCUUAUAUAGGCAUGCACCUGUAGAAAGAAACCCAAAUGAUACCAUAGCCUUGGUGUUAUCUUCGUUUAUUAAAUGUUGAUCUUAGUUUCUUAAUAAAAAUGUUUAUUAGCAUGAAAA